AAGUCAGUCAGUUUAGGUUAGGCUACAAUAACAGUUGAAAUCGUAUACAUAUUUCACAUAGCUAAUUGAAUUUGAAGAGUUAUUAAUUGGAAAAUGGAAAAUAAUACAGAAGUUUGUUGUGAAAAUGGAAAUGGUGAUGGAUGCCAUGGUCACCAUAUCUUGCAUCAUAUGAAAGGAGGUGCUGCAAAAAUGGAGCCACCGGCAAAACGUAAAAGAGUUAGCUCAAGCUGGAAGGUGCAGUCUUCAGAUAUUGCACGGAAUACCUUUAACCCAAUUAGGAGUAUCGUUGAUGGAAUGAAACUAACACCUAAUCCAAAGAAGGACAUGAUUGCUCUCUCAAUUGGUGAUCCCACAGUGUUUGGAAAUCUUAAAGUACCAGAAGAAGUUGAGACCUCGGUAAUUAAAUCAAUCAAGCAGCACAAAUAUAAUGGUUAUGGGCCAUCCACAGGUUAUGAAGAUGCACGGAAAGCUGUAGCUGAGUAUGUGUCUGAGGAAACCAGUCAAGUGGAGUCAAAGGACAUAGUGUUGACAAGUGGGUGUUCAGGGGCACUGGAUUUAUGCAUAACUUGCCUCGCAAACCCGGGACAGAAUAUUUUAAUACCAAGACCUGGAUUUUCUAUAUAUAAAACACUAGCAGAGUCAUUGGGUAUUCAAGUCAAACACUACAGUCUUCUGCCAGAGAAAUCUUGGGAGAUAGAUUUGAACCACCUGGAAUCUCUGAUAGAUGACCACACGGCAGCUAUUAUUCUCAACAACCCAUCAAACCCCUGUGGAAGUGUAUUCUCUAAACAACAUUUGAAGGACUUCCUACAGAUCUGUGAAACAUACAAAGUUCCAGUCAUAGCUGAUGAAAUAUAUGAACAUUUUGUGUUUAGUGGCUGUGCUUACCAUCCACUGGCAUCCUUGACAGAGACUGUCCCAAUAUUAUCCUGCAGUGGGCUCACAAAAAGAUUUCUGAUUCCUGGCUGGAGAUUGGGGUGGAUUGUAAUCUAUGACAGACAGGAUAUCUUCCAAGAAGAAGUUCGUAAAGGUUUAAUGUGUCUGUCACAGAAGAUUUUGGGUCCAAAUACUCUAAUACAGGCAGCACUACCAGAAAUACUUAAAGACACACCAAAAUCAUUCUACACAGACACUCUUACAUUUAUCGAGUCAAACGCCAAAUUAUUCUAUGAAAAGAUUUCAAAGAUUCCAGGUCUUACACCAGUCAUGCCACAGGGAGCUAUGUAUAUGAUGAUUGGUAUCAAGAUGGAACAUUUUACGGAGUACCUAAAUGAUGUAGAAUUUACCGAGGCUUUGGUUACAGAGCAAAGUGUUUUUUGUCUUCCUGCACAGUGUUUUGACUUCCCAAACUUUUUCCGAGUAGUGCUCACAGUUCCGCAGGAAAAGUUGAUUGAAGCAUGUGACAGAAUCAAAGAGUUUUGUGAACAGCAUUUCCAAGAACAUCCAAAAUCAAAUGGAAAACAUUUGCAUGGUGGGUAUGACGAUAAAUGGAUAGAAUGAAUAUUGUUGUUGUUGUGAUAAAGACUGACUUAAGCAUUCAAUACACAAAAUUUUGUUUGUUAUUUACAUGAUAUAUUAAUGAUGGUAAUCUAAAGUAUGCCUCUAAUUGUAUAUAGGGUUACAUCAUCAAGUUACAUCACACAUGAAUAUGUUUAAGUCUUUGUGUUAUAAUGUCUUAUUUUUGAAGUUAAAACUGUUUUUGAUAAACAUUAAGAGUAAUUUAUAUAGCAGCAAAAAUGAAAGAAAUAUAAAUAAUUUGAAUAUUUCAUACUAUUAUACUCGGAGUCGAGGGUGUUAUUUCAGUUCUUGGGUUGCUAAUAUGCACUAUUACACUGAGAGAUGUGUUAUUUUAUUAUUAUUAUACCAAACCAACAUUUUAAUGUAAUAUUUCACUGCUAUGCAUUAUUACUUGAGCUUUUUACACUGGUGCACAUUGCAAGUGUCUGAGGCACACAGAGCACAGAGGCCAGGGGAGAGAACUAGAACAUUACAUUUUCUUAAGUCAGUAUAGACUUCUUGCCCCUGGGGAAUAUUGCAAAAAAUAAUUGAUCGGGUGAUAUUCAUUUCCAGGAUGAUAGAUCAAAAUAACACCAUGUGACAUCACAUUAGGCUAUAUAGUAAAAAGUUUACAAAAAAUGUAUAUAAUAGAAAGACAUAAGAACAAAAAGCCUUCCAUGAAUAAAUUUAUGUUGUUGGUGUUUUUUUUUCAAGCUGUCUGUAAAUUAACAAAUUAAAAAGAAAUAUCCUUUUUAUCAACAAAAAAUAUGCAUUUAUGUAUGUACAAGUAUGCACAGCAGUAAUGUUAGGUGCAUGAUAUUUUUGUUUAUUUUUAUUCUUAAUUUCUUUUUUUUAAGUUUCAAUUUGUUUUAAGAUCUUAGGGUCCGUUUUCAGAUUUUGUUUCAUAUAUGCAUUUAAUUUUGGUUAUAUUUUGGAUGCUACAUAUCAUUUUUUUUGUAUUUACUUUAAAGCAAAUUAUCAUUUUUUACUUACUUACAUUACCUAUGUGUAAUAUGAAAGUUUGUUUUACUUUAGUGAGAGGUUUUAGGCCCUACUAAAGAUACAAAGACAGAAUUUCAGAUAAAUGAGAGUACAUGUACUUGCUUAGACAUACAAGUUUUUCCAGGAACAUGUUUGAACUACACUGCAACAGCCAUUCAGCUAUGCAGAAAAUGAACAAAUAAUGUACGGUAAUCACUUCUUGACAAUCUUUUACUGUCAACCAAUUAUGCAAAUGCUGAUACAUGUUUUGAUUAUGAAUUUUAAGUGUAGCUAUAAUUUUUAUUACUUGUCAAAUCUAAUGGCAAUUACCCUGUACAAGAGUCUUUGAUAAAAACAUGGCAGAAUUAAACUGCUAUGGCAUAGAUACUGGAAAGCAAUCUUGGAUUAGAUUACUGAUCAGUUUAAAUUUUAAAUAUAUUUAUAAAUACUGCAAAACUGGUACUGGUAUUUAAUUCAAAGAUAUAACUAAUCACUUACAAGAAGAGUGAAAUUAAAUAAACCUCAAAAAGGACAUUUUGAACUUGUGAAAAUCUAGACAAUAUUUUAGAUUGACAUGUAUUUUUUUUUUGUUAGUUGCUGUUUUCCUUACGGAAAGGAAUUUAUUUAAACACUUUUUUUUUUUUUAAUGAUUAAAUGACCAAAUUAUGCUGUAAAGUUAAACAUUUUCUGUUGAAUAAGAAUUGUAGAGGUAAAUUGCCAUUAAAUUCAAAUUGUAUAGUUAAAGAUAUUGUAUAAAUUAUUGAAUGUUAAUGAUGUUUUGUAAAGAACAAUAUUUGAGCCGCGUCACGACAAAAUCAACAUAGUGGGUUUGCGACCAGCAUGGAUCCAGACCAGCCUGCGCAUCCGCGUAGUCUGAUCAGGAUCCAUGCUGUUCGCUAUCAGUUUCUCUACUUGUAAUAGAGUUGGUAAGCGAACAGCAUGGAUCCUGAUCAGACUACACAGAUGCCCAGGCUAGUCUGGAUCUAGCUGGUCGCAAAGCCAUUAUGUUGGUUUUGUCGUGACACGGCUCAUUUGUUAAUUAUCACAUACCCAUGCUGCUUUUGCCACCUCAUAUAAACAGAACUAAACUUCCAUGCAUUUAUUUUGAUUUAACAUCAUUUGUAUUAUAUUUACAUAGGUAAAGAUGCACUAAAUGUUGGCGUGACACUAUAAGCGCAUCAAUGAAAAAUGACACCUUUUUUUUACCAUAAAAAGUUAUUUUGGAUAUGUGAUAAAAAGAAUAUUACAUUUGUUUAGCUUCAUAACUAAGUUUAUUGAACUCUAUGAUUAAAAUAAUAUUAUGCUUGCCAGAGGCUCCCAUAAUACAAUGUUAUUCAACACAUUCAAUAAAUUCAGUACUGAACCUCCCUCUAUAUGUUUAGUGUUAUGUUGUGUAAGUCGCAGGUGUUUGUCGCGUUGAUUGGUUACCAAUCAACAUGCUGAACACCUGUGGUGUUGGUGUGACAUUUAGUGAUAUAUAUUAGACCAGGGAUUAUAGUAAAGGACCAAUACAUGUAGUCAUGUAAGUCAUGUAUUGUCCAAUUCCAUCCAAAUUGUUGUGUACUAAGUCAUCUUUUAAUAAGAUUAUACAUAUUGCAUUUUAUUCUGUUUAUUUAUAAAUGUUUACAUUAAAUAAUUAUGAAAGUUUUACAUUAAAUAUGUAAGUUUUACAUUAUAUUUUAAUGUUUUACAUAAGUACUGAAUCUCAGACGUACUAAUAAAUCUCCAUUUUUAUUCAUUUUGAACAAUAUCUCAAUUUUAUUUACUUUCUUGAAGCUUUUAAUUCUGGUGUUUUUAUGUUUGAUAAUUAUUACUAAACAUAAAAGUACCACACAAGACAUAAAAAGUCAUAUUUUCACCUGUGUAUUUUUUUAUAUGUUUAUUAUCAAAAUUAGCUUUAAAUAUGUAUUUACCGCAUAACCAUUAUUAUUAUAUAUAAUAUAAGAACAAAAUAAUGUGAAAAAGCAUACUGUCAGUCAAUAAUUAACUUAGUCAACAAACAAAUAUGUUCAUACUUGAACUUUGCAUAGCUAAACAAGCCAACAAUUGCUUGGUUGUUAAAGGUAGCAUUUGCUUUUCUUUUCAAUCGGUACAAUUUACAUGUAACAAAUCUAUACAAUGGUCAUUCCCAAACUUAUUUACUUAAAGUUUUUACUUUAUUUAAACAUUGCUUGUUCGAUUAUUUAAAAAAAACAAAAAAAAACUGAGAAUUUUUUUUUUAAGAUUUAUGUUUGUAUCUUCCAUAGAUAGCAUCAUGACCAAGACUGGGCCACAUUUUAAUGUUAUUGUUUCAUUUUCAAAACUGUCAAUGAAAUUCUACAAUUUACAGUAAAUCUCUGAAUCUUUGAUGAAAAAGUGCCAAAGUCUGGCUUCAUAAUUCAGUUACACAUAUCUUUAUUUAUGAUAUUUCUCUAUAAGUGAAACCUGGUUUUAGAGCUCAAUUUUUAUUAUUAGAAUUUUAUUAAGACUGAUCGAGGCUUUCUCCAGUGAAAUGUACAUACAUUUUUAAUUAUUAUCAGCAAAGAAAGUAAACACAAAAAUGCUUGAAAAAAUAUGCUUGGAAAAGAACUUUGUAUCUGUAGUUAUAAGCUUUGUUUUGGUUGCUAUUAAGGUAUGACCAUCCUAAUGCAUUACCUCUGCUUUGAAGAUUAUUCAAAUAGGCUAGAAUUACUGUAUAAUGCAUUGAAACUUAGAGGCUUGGGUUCAAACCCCAGAAGUGUCAACUUUAUUUGUAAAUAUUAUUAAGAUUUUGUUUCUUAGUAAUGGGAAACCAUUUUUCAUAAGGAUGGUAUUAUAGUUUAUUUAAUGUCUCCUCAUUUCUGAAAAAGAGCACUUCCAAUACCUGAGCUUAGGUUCAGAAAAAUGUGCACAACUUGUUUAUUGUACUGUCAAUUUUGCUUAAAUUUUGUAUGCAGGUGACCUUUAAAGCAUAUAUCUGACCUAUUCUGUCAAUUUUAAGUUCCUUAUAGUGCCCAUUAGGGUGGUCAUACCUAAUUUUUUUUUGUUUAACCGGAAAUGUUUUCUUACAUGUUUAAUAUAUAUACCUAGAUAAGCAGAAUGAAUACAUUGGUAUAGAUACCUAAACACAAGUAAGACUUUAUUGGAACUUAAAGGCAGCUGUGACUUCUUUAUAUAUAUAUUUAUAUCAUGACAUUACUUAGUUUUAUUUAAACCAAAUAUUUACAAGGAUCUCAAAGAUAUAUAUGUGACAGCUUGAAGUGGACUUCAGGGUAUUCAUGAUGUGUACUUUAAAUUUAAAUAUUAACACAUUUUGGUAUCUGUUAUUUGAGCCAUUUUUAUAAUAAAUAUACUAUAACUUAUGUAUAUACAAUAUUGUAUAAUUGUUAUGAACAAUAAAAUCCUUAACCUUAUUUUCUUCCAAAUGAUAUAUCUUGUUGAUGAUAAUAAGUUGUUCAUUUUUAACAGACAUGUACAUGUAUAUAAUAAGUUUACAAGUAUGUAUAUAAUAAGUUUACAAGUAUGUAUAUAAUAAGUUUACAAGUCAUUAUCUUUUAAAAAUUUUACUCAAUUUUGACACAUAAGAACUUGAUAUUUUGAAAAAAAGUUGAAUUGAAUCUUUUUUUUUCCAUUUAGCAUUUUGAAAUGUAUUUACUUUAGUUUUUAGGAAAAAAAUGUGUUGGAAAAAGAUGUUGUUUCAUUUUAGAGAAAACAAGAUUCAUGUUUUGUUCCAAGUUAAAUCAAAGUUAUGAUAUUAAAUCAAGGUAUGAUAUUAAAUCAAUUUCAUUUUGAUCAUAUCUUAUGCCUGGUUCUUGAUUUUCAAUAUUCAUUAUUUCUUUAACUUUUUACCUUCUUUGUAUUUGCUGAUUUCUUUUACUUAACCAAUCACCGAUAUAGACUGGUUGCUUUUUCAGUGACAUUGCAGGUUUCGGACUGGUUUAGGUUUGAAACCUGUCAAAUUGUGGAUUUCAGACAGGUUCAUAAUUAUCUAAUUUUGUUGAACAAUCAUGAUAACCACGAUUACUUUGUUUAUGUAGAAAAUAUUAAAUCAUUUGUUAACAGAUUUUAUCUUUUUGAGUUGUUGAAUUAUAUCCAAUAAAAACUUACUUGGAGAAUGA